UGCAAUUGACAUAUUCGAAAACAUGGAUAUGCAUAUAUGCCAAUACUAUAGAUAUUGUAUGUAUAUGGGAUCUCGUGUACGGCUACUGUAGUUGUCCAAUGUAUGUCAAUUGCAUUUUAUGUAGAGCAACGAAGCAAAAGAGAAAAUAUUGUAAAUAUAGAGUUAAUCGUUUAAGAUUUAAAAAGUUUCACAAAUUCAAUAGAUUGUGUUGAAAUUUGUAUUUCGCGCGUAACAAUCUCUACGUCCGAAAUGUAAACCAUUGAUUGGAGUAUUCAACAUUCGAUGUGCACUCGAGAAAAUGGAUUGGUUAAUUCUAUUUAAGCCACGCCUACUUCAGUGUUAUGACAGCGCAUGAUAAAAAUGAAGUAUAAACUUUGUCAAAGAGAAAAACUAGGAAUUUGCCAUGCAGUCGGUAUUCGGUUUUAUGUUAAACAUUGACGCGGUUCGAGAAGUGCGUUCAAAAAGUGAACGGUGAUAAAUAUUCAUGUAAAUAAACAAAUAAUUUCGUAUAAAGGAAUUUAAACUAAAGAACGCUAAUUAAUCCACUGCAUCGAAAUCAAGUAUAUACAGUACUCACUACGCCGUGUCAUUGACUUGGAACGAAGUGUCAAAAUCGCUCGAGUCCAUCUUCAUCUUUGCCGACAUUUAACCAUAACAAAAAUCAUCGGCCCGUCCAUUCGUAGUAACAUAUGUAACAGAGAAAAGUUUAGUUGAUUUGGAAAUUCGACUUUUCAUUCUACCAUUUUAUAUAUAUGUGUAUAUAUUUAUACACAUAUAUACAUAUUAAAAAAUAACUGUUUUCAUAACGAUUGACAAAGGAAUGAAAAGAUGUUGGUUUCCAUAUAUUCCAAUUAAAUACAACAUAAAGAUACAAACAGUGUUGUUUAAUACCAUUCAUUUCUCGGAAUAUAUUUCAUCAUGACAUUACACAAAGAGUGCAAAACAACAUUCAAAAAGAUGUAUCAGAUAAAAGUCUUUUUUCACUGAUCACAACAUAUUGAGAUUGGAUAGUGAUGCCUAUUCAUCAGAUCAAUGUUAAUCCGCCUGACUGGCAACCACCUUUAUCUCUUGGUCCUUCCACAAAUAAUAGUCCUGCUGGAGGAGAAGGACUACCAGAAUGGACUCCACGAGAAUCAGCAUAUGCCACUGUUGUCACAAUUAUACCAGAGCAUUGUCAUUCAUCUGUAAGCACAUUAUCUUCAAGCAAUCAUGAUAUUUGUCGAAUCUGCCAUUGCGAGGGUGAAGAAGGUGCUCCAUUGUUAGCACCAUGUUAUUGCAGUGGUAGCUUACGUUACGUACACCAAGCAUGUCUACAACAAUGGAUAAAAGCAUCAGAUACUCGUGCUUGUGAAUUAUGCAAAUUCACGUUUGUCAUGCAUGCUAAAACAAAACCAUUUUAUGAGUGGGAAAAAUUAGAAAUGUCUGCUUUGGAGGUGCGUAAAUUAUGGUUAACAGUGAUUUUCCACGGAUUAGCUGCACUUUGUGUAGCUUGGUCCUUAUACGUACUUGUCGAACGUUCGGUGGAGGAAGCUCGACGUGGAUUUCUAGACUGGUCUUUUUGGACUAAACUAAUUGUUGUUGUAAUAGGUUCUACUGGAGGUAUAGUUUUUAUGUAUAUUCAAUUCAGGACAUAUAUUACAUUAUGCAGAAAGUGGCGAGCAUUUAACAGAGUGAUAUUUAUUCAAAAUGCUCCGGAGAAAGUGGUGCUUCCUCCUUCACCUACAGAUUCUUUAAGAGAAAUGUCAUUGCCUCUAAAGGAUCCAACUGCCUCCAUGCCAGAGCUCAAUCGUACCCUAUUGCCCCGUACUAUAGAUCCUCCAUGUGCCUCACAGAUGGUAAAACCAGAAUGUGUUGCAUCUUCACAGAGACAUGAUGCCCAAUUGAAACUUUAUGUCUUUGAUAAAUUGUCUUCUUCUGAAGACAAUCUAUAAUAAACUGAAAAAUGAUAAACGAAUGCUAACUACAUAAAUGUAAUUAGCCAAGUUUAAUUUACGUAUAAAUGAAUGGGUGAAGUGGUGAUUUUAGAAUAUAUUACGAUUUCGAAAAUUGAAAUUCCCUUUUCGAAACCGACAAGUAUCCGCCCCUGUGAAGCACCUUUAUUUGGAACUUAGUACUUCAGUGCUUAAAUUGAAAAUGGGAUAGCUGAAAGUGUUCGGUUAAAAUGCUGACAUUUUUCUUCGACGAUUGUGUACAUAAUUAUUGUAUCUGUGAUGUUAUUAAAUAAACUUUACCAUAUUU